UCCAAAGGCAAAAUCUCAAUUUCACAAGUCUCCCCCAAGUGAAUGCAGUCGACCCUUUGCCUUCGCAGCCUACGCCCAAUCAACUGCAGCAGAAUGGCACGCACCAAACAGAAAGGGCGUCGCGGUCGAGGCGGUCACCGUGGAGGUGGUCGCGGAGGCGGCGGCGGCGGGGGGGGCUCGCAGCGUCCACCGCAAGACAACCGCCGCUCGGAAGAGAUCGUGAAGCAGAACGAGAAGUUCCAACGCUACUACAACACCCUCGACAUCGUCCCGGAUAGCACAGAGAACCAGGCAUUCUGGGCCAGCCUACGAAGAGAGCUGCCCAACAGCUUCCGCUUCACGGGUUCGAAAGGCCAUGCCUUGGGUGUGCGCAACAACCUCGUCGAGCGCUUCUUUCCCAUCAUCAGCAAAAUCGAGCACGAUGGACGGCCGGUGGAGAUCCCCACGCAGAUUCCUUGGUUUCCUGACGGGUUGGCAUACACAAUGAAGACGCCGAAGAAUGUGGUGCGCAAGUACGAGCCGUUCAAGGAGUUUCAGAGGUUCUUGGUCAGUGAGACGGGUGUGGGGAAUAUUUCGAGACAAGAGCACGUGUCCAUGAUCCCACCGCUUUUGCUCGACAUCAGACCCGAACAUACCGUGCUGGAUCUCUGUGCUGCUCCCGGGAGCAAGAGUGCGCAGCUGAUUGAGGCCAUUCACGCUGGCGAGGAAGAACGAGUGCUAGCAGCCAUUGCGAAAGUGAAUGGCAAAGAGAGCGCUUCCAAUGGUGCGCCGCUUGCCGAAAGCGAGCAGUAUGACAGCGGGAGGAGCACUGGCUUGCUUGUCGCCAACGACGUCAACUACCAGCGCGCACAAAUGCUAGUCCACCAAGUCAAGCGCUUGAACUCCCCCAACCUCAUCGUCACCAACCACGACGCAACCAUGUUCCCCUCCAUCGAACUUCCAAGCCUUCCUGCCGCGCCAGGACAGCCCAAGAAGGGCAGAUAUCUCAAAUUUGAUCGAAUCCUGGCCGACGUACCAUGCAGUGGUGAUGGCACAUGUCGAAAGAACCCCUCCAUCUGGAAAGACUGGAGCCCGCAAAACGGACUGGGUCUGUACAUUACGCAGGUGCGAAUUCUCACCCGUGCGCUGCAGAUGCUCAAGACCGGCGGCCGAGUGGUCUACAGCACGUGCUCGCUCAAUCCGGUGGAGAACGAAGCCGUGGUUUCGUCUGCGAUCGAACGGUGUGGCGGUGUGGCGAAAGUCCGCCUCGUGGAUUGUAGCGACAAAUUGCCAUCUUUGAUCCGGAGCCAAGGCCUUCCAGACUGGAACAUCAUGAGCCGCAACGGCAACAUAUACGAGUCGUAUCCCGAAGCCGAGCAAUACGAGACAGAAGACAGCAAGAUUGUUCCUGGAAUGUUCCCACCGGGCCCAGAGGAACAGAUCCCUUUGCAACACUGCAUGCGAGUGUAUCCCCACCAGCAAGACACUGGUGGAUUCUUCAUCGCCGUCAUGGAGAAACUGAGCGAGAUUCGUGCAAAGCCGGAAGCGGAGAGCAAGAGUAUGAAGAAAGACUGGAAGUUUCAAGGCCCUCCUGCCGCUGUGGCGGAGGCGAAGGCGGAACCCGAAACCCUGGUUGGGGAGAUUGUCAAAGAGAUUGAUCAACACCAGCCGCCAACGAUCUCCGAAGCCGAUACAGACUCUGCUGCUGCACGGCAAAAUGCGGCACCAGAAGUGGAUGCCGGCGUUGGCACCAAGAGGAAGGUUGCGGAGGAGCUGCAGCCGGAGCCACGCAAGCGCAGAAGAGAUGACGGUGCAGCCAACGAAGAAUCCUUCAAGUACCUGGAUCCCAACCACCCAGAGCUGGAGAGCAUCUACUCGUUCUACGAGCUCACCCCGGACUUUCCACGCGACCGCUUCCUCGUCCGCAACCCGGCCGGCGACCCGGUGAAGGGCAUCUACUACAGCAGCCAGCUGGCGAAAGAGAUUCUGGUGACGAACGAAGGGCGCGGGAUGAAAUUCGUGCACGCGGGCGUCAAGAUGUUCAUGAAGCAGGACAGCCAGGGGCAGGACAUCUGCCGCUGGAGAAUCCAGACCGAGGGUCUCCCGAUCAUCGAAGGAUGGGUGGGCGAAAGUCGCGUGAUUCGGCUGAGAAAGAAGUCCACGCUGCGCAAGUUGUUGGUCGAGAUGUUCCCCAAGCUCAAAGUCGAUGAGAAUGGGGAAGGCGGGUGGAAGGCGCUGGAUGAGGUUGGGAAGCAGGUUCUGGACAUUGGGAUGGGGUGUUGUGUUUUGAGGGUCGAGGCGAGUGAGGGUCCGGACGGGUUUGAAGAGCCGCUGACUUUACCUCUCUGGAGGAGUAUGCACUCGCUGAACCUGAUGCUGCCGAAGGAGGAGCGCAAGGCGAUGCUGUUGCGGAUUUUCAACGAGGAUACGGAGCUGGUCAAUCAUGAUAUGAAGGGCGGGAAGGCGGCAAAUGGAGAGGCUGCUGUCAAAGGGAGUGUUGCUGCAGAGGAGGACGCGGUGGAAGUCGAAAGGAAGAUUGAGGCUGAUGAGACGAUCGAGGUUGAAGAAUUGGGGGAAGAUGCCAAGUUGGGGGAGCAGCUCGCUGCUGAUCAGGAUGCGCUGGCUGCGGAGGAUAUCGUGCGGGCUGAGGAGCUUGAGAAGAUGGAGACGGAGGAGACGAAGGUGGCCGAUGCUAUGCCGGAGAGAGCAGGCGAGGGCGAUGAGGCGAACACGACAGUGUGAAGCGUUAUGCUCGCAUCUCGCCAGUUGGAAGGGGUGGAGUGUUGAGUACAGAUUUGACAUGUACACAGCAGACAGAUCCAUCCCAAUCAAGGUUACUGGU